ACCAACGGACAGAGACAGGAGCAGGAGGGGAGGCACAAGAAAGAGGCUGGCAAAAGCGGGAACCAGGGGCUAGUGAUCUGCACACAGGACAGGAGCUUUCACCAGUCUCCAGAGACCCUAGCCCUACACCAGACACCCUGACAUCUGCAACCUUGGGUGCUGAGAGCCCAGCCUGAUGCAGGCAGCUUGGCUCUUUGGGGCCCUGGUGGUCCCCCAACUCUUAGGAUUUGGCUACGGAGCUCGGGGAGUCGAGAGGGAAUGGGAGGGAGGCUGGGGAGGUGCCCUGGAGGAGGAGCGGGAGAGGGAGGCCCUGAUGCUGAAGCAUUUGCAGGAGGCUCUGGGGCUGCCAGCUGUGGGGGUGGAUGAGAAUCUUGCUGUUACUCCUGAAGGCAAACUGGCCUGGGAGACUCAAGAGGAUCAGGGGGAGGAAGAGGAGGAGGAAGCAACGCCAACCCCUUCCAUCAUCCCCAGUCCCUCUCCCACCCAUGAGGACACCAUCACUUAUAUCUUGGGACGCCUGGCCGGUCUGGACGCAAGCCUGCACCAGUUGCACGUCCGUCUGCACGCGUUGGACACCCGCGUGGUCGAGCUGACCCAAGGGCUGCGGCAGCUGCGGGAAGCAGCGGGUGACACCCGCGACGCAGUGCAAGUCCUGCAGGAGGCGCAGGGCCGAGCGGAGCGGGAGCACGGCCGCUUGGAGGGCUGUCUAAAGGGGCUGCGCCUGGGCCACAAGUGUUUCCUGCUCUCGCGCGACUUCGAGGUGCAAGCGGCGGCGCAGGCGCGGUGCGUGGCGCGAGGCGGUAGCCUAGCACAGCCUGCCGACCGCCAGCAGAUGGAAGCGCUCACUCGCUACCUGCGUGCAGCGCUCGCUCCCUACAACUGGCCGGUGUGGUUGGGCGUGCACGACCGGCGCGCCGAAGGGCUCUACCUCUUCGAAAACGGCCAGCGGGUGUCCUUCUUCGCCUGGCACCGCUCGCCCAGCACCGAGCCGGGCGCUCAACCCAGCGCCGCGCCGCACCCGCUUAGUCCCGACCAGCCAAACGGCGGUGCGCUGGAGAACUGCGUGGCACAGGCCUCGGACGACGGCUCCUGGUGGGACCACGACUGCCAGCGGCGUCUCUACUUCGUCUGCGAGUUCCCUUUCUAGCGGGCGAGUCCCCCGCCUCUCCGUUCCAUCCCUCCACUGUGCACACCUCCCCCACCCCCCCACACACACCAAGACGCCUUUCCCUCCCUGGGCCCCGCGGUGAAAGUGUGUCCCCAUCCCCGGCUGGGCUGGGCGCUCCUGGGAGGACUCUUGCGGGUUCGGGGUCCCUUCAGUGUCUGUGCCUUUUCUUGAAGCUGCGAAUACCAGGCUUGGUCCGGCGCCAAUAAAGCCUUGUGGAAUAUGU